UCUUGAACCAACUUUUUUUGGGUAUUCAAUCGACUUUUUUUUUUCUCUCUUUCCUUCCUCGCACUUGUAUCUUCAUUUUUUUUAUAUUCUUUUUUAUUUCGUUUAUUACGCUUUGUACAUACAAAUAGUUGACAUGGUACGCUGGAAUGUUUAUACAGUGUUAUUGUUGUCGGGCUUCAUGUCAGUUCAAUGGCAAAAGGCGAAUGCCGCCAUUACCGUCCUGGCUACAAAUGAAACCUACAUUGACCGACUAGCGGCGUUUGGGCCUCGGUUAUUGAGUGAAGAGGAAGGAGGUUUGACUGGUUAUUUGGUGGCACCAUCCUCAGAAGCUGACCGGUAUGGUUGCGAGGUCGUGACUCCGCCUUGCGGAAAUUGGAUUGCUUUGAUUGAGCGAGGAGAGUGUUCGUUUGUGGAUAAAGUGCGCGCCAUGCAAGCCAGUGGAGCCUUGGCAGUGGUGGUAGGCGAUAGACACUAUAAUGGAUGGGUCACGAUGUACGCACCAGGUGACACUUCUGACGUGCAUAUUCCCAGUGUAUUCGUCGCACAGCAUCAAUUUCAAGCCCUACUUCAUCUAUCUGAACUGUUCAAAGAACCCAUGGCGGUUCGAAUGGUCAAGGACGAUAUCCUUUCCUGGCCCUUGUUGGAUAUGUUACUGGUGGUGGUACUGUCUCCAGCGGUGAUGAUGCUUUGUAUUUAUUUGACUUGGCGUCUGCGUCAACGACAGCGUCGUAAGCAAGAGCUGGCACCGUCGGAUUUUGUGACCAAACUUCCUUUACGAUCAUUCCGCCGCGAAAAAUUGGGAGACACGGAUCAUGCAGAAUGUGCAAUCUGUUUAGAAGAUUAUGUAGACGACGAUACCUUGCGCACCUUGCCGUGUAAACAUGAGUUCCAUGCCGAGUGCGUCGACGCAUGGCUCACGUCACACAAAAAAUUCUGUCCCAUUUGCAAGUUUGAUAUCUGUCGCAAAAGACCCAGCAUUUCCAGCGAACGCACACCGUUACUGAAUGCAUAAACCCCACGCCAUCCUUGACCUUUUCUUUUUCGUUCUUUCGAUGCUGUUUUCUGUAUCAUUGCUUGGUGUUUGUUCAAAAAGCAUCGAAUUGACAAUAUACCGAUUUGCCGUUUUACCCGGACCCUCAA